UUGAAUAUUCAAAUAUCCAGAUAUGAUGUAAGAUUGGGUGUGAGUGGAGAUGUUCUGCAGAGAUGCAACGACCAAAGGGUGCUCUUACAGCCCGGCUCUGCAGGCUCCAUUAAACUCUUUUACACAAUUCUGAAACCUAGAUUAAGCGUUGUUCCCGCGAAACGCCCUCAAUUCAAGACAAGGAUGAGUUCCAUCGUGCCCCUCAACUAUCUGUCUUAUUUAAAAAGUCACGACAUGGAGGAGAUUGCUCGGGAUUGGCCGCGGCACGAUACUCAAACCGUAAUUGAAGCAGCACCUACCUUCUAAUUCUUGGCUUUUUUUUUUGGUUGUGCCCUAAAAAUAGAACAGAGUUGUUUCUAUCCCUCACGUGUUCACGUCUAUGCUGUUUAUCUAGGUCUAUUAUAUCAUCAUCGAGUUUCUAACAGCACCCGGUUUCUGACAGUUUAGACCAUGGUAGGCAGCAACCUCGUCGAAACCUGAUUGGUUCAGGUAGCUUUAAGGCAAAUCGUUCAUGCAGCUUACACGAGAAGGAUUGCUCUUCUAGGGUUAAAAUUAUCGCAUCCUGCAUACACAGUAGAAUGACGUAUCAUGCUUGCGUCGCAUACUUCUGUGUGCUUGUCUACAGUAUUCUGGCAGCGCAUAGGAUAACGGCAAACCCGUGUCCUCAUAACCGACUGCAGUACACUAUGAAUUCCUUCGUCAAUGUACUUUUGAUGUGUUGUGUGCAAUUGGUCGGAGAUUUGUGGGUCUGUUUCCGGCCCCCAAUUUACGAGACCGAAUCCUUCAAAGCGAGUUGUCCGUGGUCGAAGUGAGUCAACGAGAGUGAGGAGGUGCUCAAAAGUCUGUCAUUUUUAGUUCAAAACUGGUUCACUAAUGGUACUGCGUGGAAGGUGUUCGGGUUCAGAAAUCAGCAUCGUGGUUGCGAGGGCAAUGGUGGCAAUUAUAGAAUAACGAAAGGGAGUGAUAGAGUUUGUAACGUUCCUCCCCCUGAAAUGACGAGCGUGGCGCAGCCGAUCUGUCCCCUUUUUACCCCAUCCGUGAAGAGACCUACUAUAGUAAGCGCAUGAUGGGCGGGCUCCAAAAGCUUUUUAGCCAAACCCGCCCCCGCUCGUUUUGAGUCCAUUGCCUCACGCCAUGGACAAAGAAUUGCGAACCCAUACCGGAUUCACGCUAUUGAGGACCCGCUGGACAAUAGAAGAAUCAAUAUCGCAAAAACGAGACAAUUGGAAAAACGUCCCCGGGACCCUCUGGAAUGAUCUGAAGACGACAUCCUGGAAGCGCGCGGCUUUAUGGUGUGGCCUACUGAUAUGGUUUGUUGGGCUACUGGCUGUAGUAAUUCUAGUUACAAGCUAUGGAUUGCUGUCAGAUGAGGGAGCCUGUGGCCCAGAUGGAGAUUUUAGAGUCGACCCAAGCACUUACAAGUCAUGGUCGCCUUCUGCGUUUUUCCAGGUCACCCUCAGUGGUGGCCCCUUGACUUUUGCCCAGGCGAAGGCGAUAGAUGUCACGUGGGACAUUAUAAUUGGUCGAGGAGGACAGUUCGCACUGGCAUUCGUGUCAUGGCGGGUGUUCGCCAACUACUUGACUACGUGCAUGGAAGUCCAACCCAUCAACUACCAACUUUUCCGUUCCGUCUUCCUGGAAAACGAUGCGUCCCUUGCUUCGACAUAUCUCAUCAUCAAAAACUUUUUCUCGCGUGGGAGGUUACGAUCAGUCACCGCAAUGAUUUUCAUUGCGUCAGUCUUGCUCUACAUUGCAGCGUUCCCGACGAUUAUUAGCGCUAUGAGUGGGUACGACUCUGAGGUCGCUUCAUAUGUCAUGGAUAGUAACCAGAAUCUGGUACCAUUCUCGGACUAUUCAAGACUCGCGAUGAUUGUGCACGAUGCGGGGAGAAUUGGUUUGGAGGAUGAUUACGUUGUUACAAUGCCCGAUCCCGAUGGUGAGCCCGUGUUCAGUUAUUAUUCACGGUGUUACAAUGGGCCAGAAAAUCCAAAAUAUGGUUGCAAGUACUAUCGUUCAUUCAUCUCAUAUAUUCGCCAAUCCUACAAUAAUUCUGAUCAGCCUUCCCAAAUAAGUCUUACAAACGACAAUGACGCCAACCCAGACUUGAUAAAUAAACCUGUCACACAUGCCAUCGGACCACCGAGGCUGAACAUCACCUGUUAUAUGUGCGCGAAUCCAGAGGACAUUCCCGACCCGGGUCCAAUCUACGCAUCGUACUGGUGGAGAGCGAAUGAAGUCUACGACAAUACUGCUAUCAGAGAUAACGGAAAAUGUCAAAAUCAAGGAACGUACAAAUGGGGUUUCUCCCUCAUCCAAUUAGCCAUUGGUGUUGUCAUGCUACUAUUGUGGACGAUUGGGAUGUUUGCAAUGUGGCUCCGUGCACACUUGACAAUGAAGAUACGGGACCGGCAAACGAGCGGUGUCGCAGGAAAAAACCGCGCUGUGCUCGAGUUGGCUGAAUCGAUGCAGAAAGAGCUCGGGCUUUACGACAUCGAGCCGCAUACACUCCGCGAGAGCGAACUUGAAGAGCGCAUAAAGAAAGAAGCUCGGGGUGGCGCUAUUGCUUACGCAUAUCCAGACGAACAACCACCGAAGUACAACUUGAUGAAGGGGUUAAAGGGUUGGUAUCGACGCGAAAAAUGGUGGAUCGGGGCCGUUUUCGUUGUUGUGGUGUUGCUUUCAACAAUGUGGAUGGUUAACGGACCAUUGUGGUACUGGUGCCUUGGUGAAUUCCUUGCACUGAUAUUCGGCAUGUGUAUCGGCAGUACAACCAGCAGUCGGAUUUUCAUGGUCUUCAUCCUCAGUGUGGUCGAUGCCAUAAUCGUUAUCUCUCUUGCGGCAUCUAUAAGUAACUGA